GUACCCCAUCGGGCAGGGCGAGCGAUUCCUCUGGCGGCCAGGGCACAUGAGUGGCGACGAGGAUUUGCCGCCCGGCGGCGGCCGCCGCCGCCGCAGAUCACCGGCGCCGGCGCCCCCGCUAGACAACGACGACCUACUCUCUGAUAUCCUCCUCCGCCUCUCCCCGUCGCCGUCCUCCCUGCCCCGCGCCUCCCUCGUCUGCAAGCGCUGGCGGCGCCUCGUGUCCGCCCCCGCCUUCGUCCGCAGCUUCCGCGCCCACCACCGCCGCAACGCUCCCCUCCUCGGCUUCUUCACCGAGGGAGAAAGCCGCGUCUCCUUCACCUCCACACUGGAACCGCCUGACCGUCUCCCGCGUGGCCACUUCUCCUUGGAUCUCGAGGGCAGGCUCCACAUGCUCGGCUGCCGCCAUGGCCUCGUCCUUCUCCUCAACCGGAUGGAGCAUUACUUCCAGGUGUGGGAACCCGUCGCCGGCGACCUGAGCCGCGUUGCCUUCCCCCCGGAGUUCGGUAACGGUGGGAGCGCGGUGUACCAACACGCCGCGGUGCUUCGCGCACCCGGCGACGUCCAGGCCGGUGAGGGCCCUUCGAUCCCUUUCCUGGUGGUCUUGGUCGGCAGCGACACAACAGUUACACGGGCUUUCGCAUGUGUGUACUCAUCGGAGACUGGCGUAUGGGGCAAUCUCGUCUCAACCGCGUGCCCAUCCAAGGUGCCUAUGUACAAUCCCAGUACUCUGAUAGGAAGUUCCCUUUACUGGUUGCUUGGUCCGGAAAUGGCUAUCCUAAAGUUUGAUCUGGAUAGACAGUUCCUAGAGGUGAUAGAUGCGCCAUUGCAUAAUUGCCACUACGACAUGCUGCGUUACUGGGUUAUGCCUGCUGAGGGUGGUGGCCUCGGCUUCCUCUGUAUGUCAGGCUACAACGCCCAAUUAUGGAUGAGGAAGAUGGAUUGUGAUGGUAUUUCUGGAUGGGUGCUGGGAAGAACAAUUGAGCUUGAUAAGCUUUUGCUGAAUUCAGGGGAGGAUUUUCCCCCAUUGAUAAUUGGGUUCGCUGAGGAGGACAAUAUGUCUUUUCUUAUGGCCUCUAUUGAUGGCAAUAUUAGUGGCAUUAUGGUCAAGCUAGAUUCAACUCAAUUUCAGAAACCUUUCAGAAUUGAAUGCCUUGGCAUCUAUCAUCCAUUCGCUAGCGUCUAUACACCAGGUAUUGGCAUUGGUGGUGGGCAUGCUGGAGCUGAACAUAGAUGACUGUCUGGUUAUAUUUGCUAGCCUAAUAUGUUUGAAGUUUGAACAGGCAUCUAGAGUUUUGUUCCGGCUGCUGAUAAUGCAUAGAUGGCUUCUUGGGGUGGGUUUAUCUUCUCCAUUUGGUACGCUGGCCUGCGAUGUGGUAUGGUGGUCCGUGUGGAAAUUGACCUUUUAUGCAGCAUAUAUUGUUAGCCCAACUGGGAAGCACUGGAGCGCACUAGUUGGGAUCGGUCGUUUGGUUUGCAGUCUUCAAUCUAUUUUCGAAGUUUUUGAGACGUUAGUGAAUUGGCAGGAUGGUACUGUGACUUGCUUCGACUGGUGCAGGAAUAAUUACUCUGUUAGCCUGUUUGCAGAUUAGUGCCUUCAAUCGUUCAUUUGCUUAUGUCUUUUGAGCAAGUGUUUGAGCCGAAUGCCCGUGUGCUGGCAGAUAUUUGUUUGGCAAAAUUGGCCAGUUGAAAGCUGGUUUUUGCCCUAAAGCCACUAAAAAAUUAUGCCUUUGCUAAAAGACAUUGCACAACACUGGUAAUUUGUUGCUAUAGGACACUCAUUGUAAUAUUACUUUUAAUAGAAAGCUGCAGAAAUUUCCCUCCUUACCCUUGCCCGUCUCCUAUGGUCCCACCUACACGCCACUCGAAUCCAAGCGGCCAAGUUCUCCGCUGGAGCGCUGCCGUCCGCUCUAUCUUCUCCAACCCCGGCAUGCCAAGCCGCUCUAUCUUCUCCAACCCCGGCAUGCCAAGCGGUCCUCCCCCUCGUCCUUCACACUUGCCUACUGAGAAUGAGGAUGUCGGCCAUGGUUCGCAAAGCCGCCGUUGGCGCCUCCCUCUGUGGCGGCCGUGCAGGGAGAGCACAGGCAGCCCGCAGCCGGGAUAAGUUUGUCUUUUUACAUCACUAUGCAAUUAAAUAGAAUAAAAUAGUGGGUACAAUGUUUCUCAGUAAAUGUACGUAAUUUAUUAGUGUCUCUAAACAAAAACGAUCUUUUUUAGUCGUUUUGAGUAAAUGCAACCUUUUAACGGUGUUUAGGGGCAAUUUUUUACUAUUUGUUUUCUUUGGUACUCAUCUUGUUUUGUGGAAGCUCAAUUCCAAACUUUCCAAAAUCCGAAUCCCUCAUCUUCAUAAUUUGUUUCGUGAUUUGUUCAGAGCGGUAUAUAUAAUUUGUUCAGUUUAACAGGGCUUUGUUUUUCCGCUUCUGCAAAAACAACCUACUGUUUCGUAUCCAUGGGUUACACAUGUUUCUGACUGGGGGCCUCUGGGCUCACAUCGCAAGUCGGAAUUCCCCACACGAGCGACGAGGAGGGAUCGAUGGCCCGCCGCGGCUGCCCCAGCUCGCCGGCGCCGGCGCCCCCGCUGGACAACGACGACAUCCUCUCCGAGAUCCUCCUCCGCCUCCCCCCGGCGCCGUCCUCCCUACCCCGCGCCUCCCUCGUCUGCACGCACUGGCGCCGCCUGGUCACGAACCCCGCCUUCCUCCGCCGCUUCCGCACCCGCCACCGCCGCGCCGCUCCCCUCCUCGGUUUCUUCACCGAAGGGCUGCGCGGCCUCCUGUUCACGCCUACUCUCGAGCCUCCGAACCGCGUCCCGAGGGGCUGCUUCACAUUGCAGCUCGACGACGUCGGCGAAUGGCGAAUCCUCAGCUGCCGCCAUGGCCUCGUCCUCCUCCUCCACUUGCUGCAGCUCCAGGUCCUGGUGUGGGACCCCGUCACCGGUGACCAGCGCCGUAUUGCCGUUCCCCGGAACUUCCGCACCGGGGAGGGGACGAUAAUCAACAAUGGGGCCGUGCUUCGUGCUGCCGGCGAUGUCCACGGAGGUAGCCAAUCGAGCACCUUCCAGGUGGUCUUGGUAGGCAACAACCAAGGAUUCACACGACCUUUAGUGACUUUCGUCUGUGUUUACUCAUCGGAGAAUGGCGAAUGGCGCGAUCCCAUCUCUAUAGCUUGUCCGUUGACGUCUGUUACUCGUUACAUCCCCGGUAUUUUUCUUGGAAGUUCCCUUUACUGGUAUCUUGUUGGGAAUUCAACUGCUAUCCUUGAGUUCGAUCUGUACCGGCAGCGCCUAGCACUGAUAGAUAUGCCGCCACUUAAGGUGCCAACUGAUGUCUGGGUGAUACCUGCGGAUGGUGUGCUUGGAUUUCUGUAUAUGUCAAAAUACAAUGUCUACUUAUGGAAGAGGGAGGCCGAUGGUGAUGGUGUUGCAGGAUGGGUGCUGGGGAAAACUAUCCAGCUCGACAAUCUUCUUCCCCUCAGUUCAACUGAAGCAUCGUACCCUAGGAUAUAUGGGUUCGCUGAGGAUGACAAAGUGUUUCUUAUAAGGACAACUGAUCGCAUCUUCACCAUCCAGCUGGAGUCAAUGAAGUUUGUGCAGUUCAAGAUCUGCUCUGCAAUACUUUACUCCAGCAUCUUCUAUCCAUUCUCAAGUGUCUAUACUACAGGCAUGGGACUUGGUGAUGGACAUGAAGGAGCUGAGCUGUUGUUCAAUGCCUAAGAUGAUGUGCUGUUGACUAUAUUCAUGCGUCUAGGAUUUUGUUCCGGCUGAUGAGAUGGAUGACACCUUCUUGGGGCUGGCCGGCUGGGUUUGUCUUCUCCAUUUGGUAUGUUGGCCUGCGAUUUGGUAUCAUGGUCCAUGUCGAAAUUGACCUUCUAUGUAGCAUGUACUCGUCAGCUCAACUGUGAAGCACUGAGCGUACUAGUUGGGAUCAGCUGUUUAGUUGGCAGUCUUCACUCAAAUUUCGUAAGUUUUUGAGACAUUAGUGAAUUGGCAGGAUGAAGCGUACUAGUUGGGAUCAGCUGUUUAGUUGGCAGUCUUCACUCAAAUUUCUUAAGUUUUUGAGACAUUAGUGAAUUGGCAGGAUGGUAAGGUGACUUGCUUUGACUGGUGCAGGAAUGAUGACUCUGUUAGUCUGUUUGCCUUCAAUCGUCCAUUUACUGAUGUCUUUUGAGCAAGUGUUUGAGCUGAAUGCACGUGUGGUGAUAGAUGUUUAUUUUCUCUGGUACUCCUCUUGUUUUCUGCACGCUCGAUUCCAAACAGUUGGCAUACUGCACGAUACAACUUCCUAGCUUUUAUUGGCUGGUAUACCGAGUCCAUUCCGGCUUUCGAUCUUGGAGGUCAUGCCUGCCUUGUUUUCGUUUGUGGUUUGAUGGUUUAAUUUGUUUCAAGAAAGUAUUUUGUUUCCAUGAUUUUCGUUGUGUUCGCUUGGCUGUGGCUGAUGGUUUGUGCUGAUUUGUUAUGAGAGAACAAUACUGCUGACUGGUAGCUGGUGGCUGGUGCUGAUUUAGUAUGAGAGAACAGUACUGCUGGCUGGUUGGCUGUUUGGUCCCUAACUUUGAAUUGCUCACCUUCUGGUACCGAGCCAGUUGUUUACAAUGCAUAGAGGGUGCUCUAUUUUUUACUUUGGAAAAAGAAGCUAUUUCCAAUGGCAGAAGAGUGCUUGUCGAUUUCAAUCGCUUGAGAGUUAUCACUUAUCACAGCAAGAGAGAGCAGGAACUUGUAAAAAUACAGAAACAGAACAGCUGCACGAUGUUCUGGCAAAAAAAUACUGUGGUUACGCCAUUUUGAAAUGGAUGCAGUCAUGCAGAUGCCUGGCUCAGGAGAUGGAUGCCCUGUCGCUGGCAAGAAAGGUGUCCAUUCCGAUCCAUUCCAGCAGAAUUUCAGAGUCUCGAGAAAGGUUAUGUAUAUGCAGAUCAGAUGAGAAGCAAGUGUUCUUGUUUCAUACAGUGUGCUGUGUACAACAUAUAAUCUGGAGGCAGCAA